AUGCCCACUGCCAUCAACACUUCUAAUAGCGCCUCUGAAGGGAAUGCUGUCAUGCGAGGACAGGAGACCUGUGGAUCUUUUUGUUUCCUUCCAGCAAAGCAGAGCAUAGUGUCUUUCUGUAGUGGUUGCCCAGUGUGGUUAGGUGGUGAGCUGAUCAUCGAUGACCAAGUAUGGAGAACUGGCUCUCUGCAGCUUUGCAUAACACUUCGUUAUGUAGGUGUUUUAGUAGCCCUGAAUGUGCCAGAUGAUAAGAAUGUGGCCUUUCUGAGGUCAUGGAAUCUUCAACACAAUUCUGGCCUCCGGCCGCGCUCCGAGCUGACCGAGCCUGCGACCAGUUCAAGCGAUACUAAGCCAUGUCUGAGCUUUGGCUCAACGUGCUUGGAGACUGAUCCCAACUUCACCUUCCUGUGUGGGUUGGGAUUGCUCCUUCUGUUCCUGUGCUACCUGGUGGGGAUUCCAUUUCCAACUCGGAAAACCAAAACCACCCAAAAGCAUCAGGGCAGAGCCAAGAGGAGAAGGAAAGGUGGGACUCUGGAAGGUAAGGUUCUGCCUAUUCCACCUGAGCUCUCCAAGUCUGAUCCUUGCUGUCCUCUCCAUGAGGGCCCAGUCCAUGAUCUCUGAGGAUGCGAGCCACUAGGUACAUUCCCUCUCAGAAAACAGAGGCCUCAGAGGAGAGGCUCAUGGAUAUGCAGCCAGAGUGCAAAACCCUUCUCAGAUUCCCUGCUCUGACCACUACUGAGCAUGAAGCAGUGAUGGAUCUGGACAAUGAG